CAAUACACCAUUACCCAGCACCUCAACGCCAUCAACCACCCCAACAACAGCAAUGUUGGGUUUACUUCAUACUGGAAUCCUUCAACGCCAGCACCAUCACCAAUUGUCGAUCAGUGUAAAUGCACUGAUAAGAACAUCUGGCUGGAUAUCUAUUUCCUCAUGGAUGCAUCGUUCGCCAUGACCAGCCCUGGAUUUGAUGGUGCCACAGCGUUCGUCCAGUCUGUGCUUUCCAAAAUGACCCUCGGACAGGAUUACGCUCAGCAAACACGUGCUGGUUUUAUCCUGUACGGAGCUGAUGCAACCAUUCAGUACAAUUUGACUCGAGGAAUCCAGUUGGCUACUGAUCGUUUCAACAGUCCGGAACACAGAUCAAAUGCACAAAAAGUUAUUGUCAUUGUGGCGUCUGCCUACGAGUAA